AUGACGUCCUAUCGGCAGAUAAGAUCAAGUAUGUUCUCCGAGCAUCUGCGCAAACGCUGCGCCUUGGCCGUGAGCCAAGAUUUAUUAUGCAACUUCAAGAUGGUCUUCACUAGCAUUUACUGUUACACUUACUGCGUACACAUUAGGCUCAAAAACUAUUAGACAGAGCACCUUCGUAAAUUCCUGCAGGCAAGCAUUCGUGCUGGCUGAAUGUUUUUCUGUA